AUGGACUACACGGAAAAAGAUAUCACCAUGCUAGAAAAUAAAUUUCAAAAAAUUUGUCAAACUGUCGAAAAUAAUGGCCAAUACAAUGGCAGUGGUCCAAAUUAUUUUGGCACAGGAGUUGCCAGAUUUCAAACUUGUUCUCAAGGAUGCACAUGUAUUGUUCAAACCUCCCAAAAUAAGAUCUCUACUUGUGCUGCUUGCAAAACGCCCUACAAUCCUAACGUUCAGGCAAUAUUAUUAUCAAUCAGAGAGCUUUACCGUGAAAAAUUUAAUAAUAAAAAAAUUGCAGAGGUGGAAUGGCUUAAUGUUAAUCGAUAUAUUGAAAAUUUACGAGCCCAGAAGAUAGACAGAACACCAGAACAUUUACAAUAUAUGCUGAAUGAUGGUCUGUUUGAUUUGGAAAACUCUAGGAAAAAGAAGAAGGUUAUUGACAUCCCAUUCGUUAUUGUCAUGGACGCAAUUUCAGUCUCAGCGUCGACUCAUUUGGGAUACAAUGCAACUGGAGGGUUUAAUCUUGCAGAGAAUUCUCUAGAAAUGAAAUCAAAAGAAAAUGUACAUCCAAUUUACAUUUAUCCUAAAGUAAGAUCUCAUGCACCAUCAAACAAACCGAUAAAGAAACAAAACAACUCCGAAUAUUCUGACGACAAUUUUAAUCCUGGGGAAUUUUUCAAUACUGAAGAUGGAGACGAAAAUGUUAACGAGGAUGAGUUCGAUGUAACGGCAUGUGGUGUUUUUCAGCCUCUUGUUGAUGAAUUUACUUCAUUGUCUAAAUUUGGCUUUAAAGUUUACGACGCUUUUAACAAGGAGGAAAUUACAGUGCGAGUUCAUUGGCUUUAUACAAUUGGAGACAUGGCUGCUGUUUCUGAGUUGCUAGGUGGAAGCUAUUAUGAGUCUGAAGUUUUACCAUAUUUUAAUAAAAAAACUGGAAGAGUACCCGACACUUUGAUGGCGAGUCAGCAAGAGAUAUAUGAUCUUCAGGAUCCUAAUAACCAAAUGAAAAAAUCAACUCAUAUUGGAUUUAAAUUAAAAUCACCUCUUUUUGACCUCCCUUACUUUUCUCUACCUUAUUCGUUUCCCCCAGACGUUAUGCAUGCCCAGGCAAUUAAUAUUUUAAAGCUUUUACUGUCAAUUAUUUUAGAUCCAUCUUGUGAAGGAAACCAAAAAAACAAAACAGGAGAAAAGAUUGAAAUAAGAGAGUUUCUUUUUAAUGAAGAACAGAUGAAUGCUUAUUUUGAGUUUCUUGGUUUGCUGGAUGAGCACACACCACAGGCUUUCAGAGACAACAUCUUUAAACCAGAAAAAAAAACUGCUACUCUAACAUAUUGGCUUAAAUCUGCUGCUCAGGGUGAAGCUCUAUUGAAGUCACUGUACUUACUUCCAGAGUUUAUUCCCAGCUUAACAGAAAAACAAGAGCAUUUACUAUAUCUUUAUUCCCAAAUGGCUGCUUUAAUGAUGAUAAACAACUCUAGCUAUAUCAAUGAGGAUCUUAACUUGGAUCUUGUUCAAGAAUCUUGGGAAAUUGUUAUCCAAAAUUUUGAGCUACUAGUGACUUUGGGAUAUAAUAAAAAUGGAUUUAUUGGUACACUGCCAUUGCAUACCAUGCUUCAUACUCCUGGCUACUUGAAAAAAGUUGGUUCACUUAAAACCUUUAGCUCUUAUGCUACCGAGCGAAUGGUCAAAUCAAUUAAGGAAUCACAGCAAAAUAGUAGAUAUCCGAUAAUAACACUCUGCAAUUACCAACUAAAGUUCUACGUCAUAAACCUGAUUUUUAUAGGCCAAGCAACACCAGAAAUAUUACAGCCUGCUAUGAAAUUAUCAAGCCAAAACGCAAUUGCAAGCAACUCUAAGUUACGCAACACCAAAGAACUGAACACAUUCGUCCGAGUUAUUCAAUCAAAAAAUUCAUCUGGUGCUAAAAGUCCAAGUUAUUAUGCAAAUCUCCUUGACUGUUUCUCUGUUGGCAAAGGAACAGGAGAGGCUUGGGACAGGUCACUGCUACAUGGCUUGCCACCUCGUGAGCGUUCAACACUGAGAGCCCCACACGGCCACCUCCAGGGUACACCGGAUCUUAGAUUCAACCCCACUCCCGAUGCAGUUCCCUUUCUUUCUCACACUCACUCGGCAACACACAAUGUCCCUACUACUUCAACAUCAGUGGAUGAAGACUCAGUCGUUAGCACUGACUCGCCGUCCCACUCUCCCGCCUCCACACCCGAAAUUGAAGUUGAGGCUACAAGCGAUGAAAUCUUAACCGCAGCACCCUACAAUUCUGACUCCCAGGGCUCAUCAGAACACUUAGCUGACGGCAUUGAUUUCUUACAUGAAACUUUUGUUUCUUCGCCUGCUGAUGAUGAAAUUAUUUUUGUUGAUGAAUCGGCAAGCCCAUCAGGAGAUCCGUCUGCCGGGGCUGCCGACGAUGUCAUUGGCAUUGGCUGCAUCUACUCGAACUCUGAAGAACCAACUGUGAAAGCCCGCAUGGCGUCUGGAAGACUUGACACACUCAACGCUAUUAACAUUAAGCUUCCAAUUUUGAGGAAUGACAUCAAAGUGUUAGAAUCUAGCAAACCAGGUCUCUGCUUUACGGCUCCUGAUGUGGAGAAUGUUAGAGCUCUUAUCAGCGACAGAGAUUGGGCCGAUCUUAAGGAUCGCCCUGCCUUCAUUCGAUUUCCGAAUGUGGGAGUGGCGCUGCUCGACCCUGGCAAGAAGCUAAAAAGGGACCCACGGUCACUUGCGGAAGCCAACAACAGAGAAGAUAAGCGCUUCUGGUUUGAUGCGGCCUAUUCGGAAUUUGCUGCCAUUGAUGGAAAUCAUGUCUACCAAGUUGUGCCCCUCCCGGCGGGUCGCAAAGCCCUUGGCACCAAAUGGGUGCUGAAGAAGAAACUCAACACGGAUGAUUCAAUUGACAAGUACAAGGCUCGUCUUGUUGUUCAGGGGUUUCGUCAGAAGUUUGGUGUUGACUAUGUUGACACCUUUGCGCCAGUGAUGAGAUUCAGCACUGUUCGUCUCAUUUUCGCCCUAAGUGCGGCGAAGAACUGCGAGAUGCACCACGUCGAUGUUAAAAAUGUUGAGCAUGCAAUGUUGUCGCAGACUAGUGCAGUUGAUAAUGCACGUGAGUUUGGGUGGGAAACUAUGGUUGACAAUCUAUGUUUAUUUUAG